UGUUUGAAACAUUUAAGUACACAAUCAUAUAUACUACUUGCUUGCUUAUGGUAGGCGUAUGCAGGCAAAUUUAAUGUUUAAAUGUAAAAUUUAAAGUAAGCUUUUAUUUUGAAGGCGUGAUGAAGUUAAGCUCGCCCUGUUCCUGGAAGGAAGUGUUCCCCCUUCGGGACUGUUUUGUUGCAAUAAUAUGAAUAGAACUUCCUUAUAAUUUCAGCGGUUGCGUUUCCUUGCACACAUUCUUCUUUCCUAAAUCUACAAGGCAAAAAUUUAUAAGAAAAAAGGCGAUUUUAAGAUGGGAUACAUGACAGUAGAAGACCAGAGCUCCACCCUGCUCCACCUAAAGAGAUCCCCGGGGAUCCGUUCGUGGUCUCUUCUUGUUGGUAUAGCAUCUGUUGGCUUAACAGCUGCAUAUUACAGCUCAGACAGCAUCCCGUGGAAGCUCUUCUACGUGGCCGGCUGUCUGUUUGUGGCCAUGCAGAACAUGGAGGAAUGGGAGGAGGCUGUGUUUGAUAAAACCAAGAAUCUGAUUGAGCUUAAGACCUUCAGUUUAUACACUUUAGUCCUGACUCUGUGGAGGAAGGGCCAAGAAAAAGUUGUGCUGGAUCUGGACCAGCUGUGCGAUAUCUGCGUACAGGAGGAAAGGGUGCGUUAUUUGGGAAAAGGUUAUCUGCUGAUGCUGAAGCUGGCUGCAGGCUUCUCCUACCCCCUCACUCAGAGUGCCACGCUUGGGGGACGCAGUGAUGUGGAGGCAGUGGCUGCUCUGCUCAAGCGCUUCCUGGCACUGGAGGAACUGCAGAAACGUCGGCAGCAGGAGUAUGAGGCUGAGUACGGGGACGCAGAGGAUGAAGAUUCUCUAGACAAUAGCACCGACUCAGAUGAAGCAGACAAGCUGUGAUCUGCCUGAAGUGUAGUGUUACUCUAAUGUAAGGGAGAUUUAGUUAGGGGCAUUGCAGCAAUGCAGAGGCAUUACGGAGGGUGAGGUUUGUGCAAGGCCCUUAAUAUAUAGCAAACUCUAAGCAUGUGCAUGCAUGUGGAACAGCAGGGAAAAUAACCCCUUCCUUACAGUCUUCCUUGUUUGUAUUUUUACUGGUAAUACAACCAUUCAGUUAUAUGUUGUCCUGCAAAUGUUCACAAUUUAGGAAAUCUUGGAACAGACCUUUUUAAUUUCCCUUUUGUUACAUUCUAAGUGGAGUCUUCUUUAAGCGAGUAUUAUUUCAUCAUCUUUGAGCUAAUUACUGUUUGAGAGCACACUCCAGAUUACAGAUUUCCCGUGCCUUCCUACUGAAUUUGAGUGUUUGUGUAUGUGAGCCUCAGGAAAGUGCUUUUCCCACAGUUUUCUGGACCACCCCGCUCAUAAUUGUCUUUUUGCGUGUUUAUUUGAACCCAGUAGACAAUCCAGAUGAAUGCAUGUGCAAACUGUAAUUGAGCAUGAAGGAUCUUCUGAGCUUAGUCAAGGGUGAAUUAUGUGUCAAAUGCUUUGACGUCAUGCUUGUCUAUCUUGUAACCUUUACCUGUUGUUGUUGUUGGGUUUUUUUUUUUAAAGUGAACCAAAGACUGAAUCUCAGGAAAAGACUUUUGUGCUUUUGUCAAACUUUGUCUCAUUCCAAGUUCAAAUGUGUGCUGCUUUAAGGGAAUAAACACUUUGUUUUUUUUAAAAA